GAAUUUGAAAGCCGAAUAGCGCUUUGGGCCCAAGAACACCGCCAUAAAGAAAAGUAAAGAAGAGGCAAAGCACUACCCAAGCCAAAACCCGCAAAAGAGUACAACAUCUCCGCCUAUCUUCCUCAGGCUGAGAGGCUCUGUGCCGUUGCCGAGGAAAUGGCUCCUUCCAAAGUUCUCAUGGUGGCGGAGAAGCCUAGCAUUGCUCUCUCAAUUGCUUCCGCACUCUCCCAAGGCCAGAUGUCAACGAGAAAGGGCAGUACUGAUGUUCAUGAGUUUGAUGGAACGUUUCGCGGAUUUCAUGCGCAUUUUAAAGUCACCUCAGUUAUUGGUCAUGUUUUCAGUGUAGAUUUUCCAGCAACACAUCAAGAUUGGAAAGUCACCGAUCCAUUGGAUCUUUUCCAUGCUCCAAUUAUUAAGGCAGAAUCAAACCCUAAGGCUCAUAUUUGUAGGCAUUUGAACCAAGAAGCUCGUGGCUGUGGUCAUUUGGUGUUAUGGUUGGAUUGUGAUCGUGAAGGAGAAAAUAUAUGCUUUGAAGUUAUUGAGUGCACUGGUUUUCAUGCAAGGGAUGCUAGCAGAAGGGUUUAUCGUGCACGGUUUUCUUCUGUUAUAGGCAAAGACCUUAUGAAGGCUAUGGACAACCUCGUUGAACCCAACAGAGAUGAGGCACUGGCAGUGGAUGCUCGGCAAGAGAUAGAUUUGAAAGUUGGAGUUGCCUUUACACGAUUUCAAACCACUUAUUUCCAGGGAAAAUAUGGGAAUCUUGAUUCUAGAGUCAUCUCCUACGGACCAUGUCAAACUCCCACCCUAGGGUUUUGUGUACAGCGCUAUUUGCAAAUAACUACUUUUAAGCCAGAAAAGUUUUGGGCUUUGCGACCUUACAUAAUGCAAGAUGGAUAUGAACUUCAGCUAGAAUGGGAGCGUAACAAGUUGUUCGACGUAGAUGUCACUAUUAUGUUUCAAAAGUUGGUAAUGGAAGAUGGAAUUUUAGAAGUUACUGAAAUAUCAGAAAAACAGGAAAGCAAAAGUCGUCCUUCUGGUCUUAAUACGGUGAAUCUUCUGAAGGUUGCAUCUAGUGGACUUGGCUUUGGGCCUCAAAUGGCAAUGCAACUGGCUGAACGUUUGUAUACUCAAGGAUUCAUCAGCUAUCCACGUACAGAGAGCACGGCCUAUCCUUCUUCAUUUGACUUUAGAGGCACCCUUGCUUUACUGGCAAAGAACCCAGCAUGGGCCAAUGAUGUGCAGAGACUACUCAACGAUGGAUAUCGUAAACCACAAUCUGGAACAGAUGCAGGUGACCAUCCUCCUAUUACCCCGAUGAUGUCAGCAACUGAGGAUAUGCUAGGCAAAGAUGCUUGGAGAUUAUACCAGUAUGUAUGUCAACACUUUAUGGGGACUGUCUCUCCAGACUGCAAGUAUGUAAGGACAAAUGUCAAGUUUUCAAUUGGUGGAGAAUUCUUCCAUUGCACAGGGCAGCAUGUUACGGUUGAAGGAUUUACAUCUGUCAUGCCAUGGUUGGCAGUAAAGGAGAAAAACCUUCCUCGGUUUAUAAAAGGAGAGAAGAUAGAAGCAUCAAAAGUGGAGCUAUAUGAGGGGAGUACUGCACCUCCGGAUUAUCUCACUGAGAGUGAACUGAUUUCCCUGAUGGAGAAGUAUGGAAUAGGCACGGAUGCAUCAAUACCUGUGCAUAUUAACAACAUAUGCGAGCGUAACUAUGUGCAGGUACAAGCUGGCAGAAAGUUGGUUCCAACUAGCCUAGGUAUCACCUUGAUAAGAGGCUAUCAAUGUAUUGAUCCAGAUCUCUGUUUGCCAGAUAUUCGCAGUUUCAUUGAGCAACAGAUUACUCUUGUUGCUAAAGGUCAAAUGGAUCAUAUUCAUGUUGUGCUACAUGUACUACAACAAUUCAAGCAAAAGUACACUUAUUUUGUUAAGCAGAUUGAAAACAUGGAUGCGUUGUUUGAAGCACAGUUUUCCCCACUCGCUGACUCAGGACGUGCUCUCAGCAAGUGUGGGAAAUGCCUUCGAUACAUGAAAUAUAUCUCUAUGCAACCAUCACGUCUGUACUGUGGUACAUGUGAGGAGGUUUAUUAUCUUCCUCAAAAUGGAACUAUAAAGCUUUACAAGGAACUUUCUUGCCCAUUAGACAACUUUGAGCUUCUGAUUUUCUCGAUGCCUGGUCCAGAAGGGAAGUCGUUCCCACUCUGCCCAUACUGCUACAAUAGCCCUCCCUUUGAAGGUGUUGACACACUCUUCGGUGCCGCUAAAACCGGUAGUACUGGCAAGUUGGGGAAGGGAGCUGGAAUGCCAUGCUUCCUCUGCCCUCACCCCACAUGCCGACAUUCACUGAUUUCCCAAGGAGUCUGUGCUUGUCCGGAAUGUAGUGGGACACUCGUCCUAGACCCUGUAAGUGCUCCCAAGUGGAGGCUUGAUUGCAAUAUGUGCAAUUGCCUUGUCUUCCUCCCUCAAGGUGCUCACAGGAUUUCCACUACCGAGGAGCGAUGUCCCGACUGUGACUCUAAACUCUUAGAAGUUGACUUCAAUAAGAAAACGACACCUUUGGAGGAUGGAGCAACCCUUUAUGUUGGUUGCAUUAUCUGCGAUGAGUUGCUUCAUUCGCUUGUGGAAAUGAAGCAUGGGAAAUCAUUUUCCAGACGCACAGGUUCGAGAGGAAGGGGGAGAGGAACUGGGAGAGGAAGGGGAAGAGGAAGUGGGAAGAGGAUAGACCCCAAAAUGAGUUUCCGAGAUUUCUGACCCCUAAGUGAAAUAUAUGCAUCUGGCCUUUGAAACUGUCAAUGCUGUUUUACUUAGAAACUGGUUAUUGUUAAUUAAUUCUACUUCAUAUGGUAGUUUAGCUCUUGUUGGCAUGAUCUUCCCCACCCAAAACAAAAUGCACUUGUCUUGCUGUAAACAAAAAUCAAUGCCUAUGUGACCAUCACAACGGCUCA